AUGGCGCAGCGAUGGUCGACCCAAGAUGCUGCGGGGUACUAUGCCCAACCCGAAAAUGCCGCUUAUUACCCCCAAAACCGGCAGAACAGCCAUGCCUCCAUCGUGAGUGCUCGUCGUGUGGCCGGCCACCAGGCCACCCCCGAACACGUUUAUAGCCAUGCUCUGCGGAUUGGCUUCCUUAAUUAUCUCCUCCAGCCGCGCAAGCGAGUGGCUGUCACCCAACCGGCCCCCAAACCUGCCUCCGCCUACUCUAGUUCCGCGGGUGCCCUUCUGGCGGAAUUUUCGAGUGGAUCUAAGUCUGCAAAAUUACCAAAAGUUGAUUUCGUCACCGUCUUCCAGCGAAGGCUAGAAGGGACAAUCAUUGGUAGGGAGCCAGGGAAAGAAUAUAAGGAUCCACUAGUCAAGCGUACUUUUGCAGUGUUCCUAAAUCAACUUAUCGACCCAGAGAGAAGGAAGGUCUUGCACAAAAGUCGAAGAGCAGAGGAUAUGAUUUUGCUCUUCAUCUCUCGGGCUACGAAUGAACUUCAGCUAGCUGUACACUCUGGCGGGCUGGUAGGCGUAACAAAGGAAAAUGUCGGCCUACUGGUCGAUCGCCAUGUCGCACUGUUCAUUCGGUUGAUAGUAUUGUGUUUAAAGGAUAAUGGAUGGGCAUCUGGGCACUCCGAACUCGUAAAUAAAUUAUCAACUCUCGAGUCGGGGAUGCUCGCGCAUGACAAGAACUUAGUGGACGCGCAAAACACAGCCCAGCCGCCAGCCCAGAUUACCGAAGAAGUACCGUUAUCAUACGAUGUUCGAGAAAUGCCCUACGUACAGACUGUCGCAAGAAUAUUUCGCAUUUCAUUGACCCAGGCCCAAAAUGACAUCAAUAGGAACCGCCAGGCUUGGAGUGAUACCAUUGCUAUGAAAGAGCUCAAACUUUAUGGAGCUAGGAUUCACGCCGGUGCUAAAGCUACGCUGACAGCCGAUGACUUCGAUACAGACGAAGGCUACGAAGCCUGGAAAGCUGGGGAGCUGGAGUAUAUUCCUCUGAUGCAAGAGGCUAUGGUAACGGCCAACCCCGGCCUUGCUAGCAUUGACAUCAACGGAGACCAGGUGAAUGGAUUUCAAUCACAUACAGAUGGCGCAGAAGGGAUAUUCACUUUUAUUCCACCGAAUCCAAAGGAGUAUUUCCGCGUUCUCCUGAAGAUGUGCUUUGAUAACCAUGCCGGGCCUGCCGCGGAGGGCGAGAGCGACGAACUUUUACCCCCAGUGUUGUCCUUCGAAGAGCUUUCACUGAUAGAUGCCUGCUCUGUUCGUUGGCGAAUACCUGCCUUCACUAAAAGCAUUAUGGUUCUUGGACUCGUUCGAGAAAUGUAUGCGGAAUCAAGGGCGGAUCUUGACACAGUAGAUAAAGCCUUUGAAUACAUCAAGGGGGCUGUUGUCACCCCUUGGGAACAAUGGACUAUUCCGGAUCAAAUACUUCAACGGAAAAACCUAUCCUCCUUCUACGAUAACAUCCUGAGGGAGCUCUACCAUGCCGUUAUGCAAUGUUUCGAUCUCAAACCGCCUUCUCUCGACGAAUACAUGUACAUAUUGACGAACCAUCUCUACCCGAACCCGCUCUUCUCGGCAGGGAAAGAUUUAGAUACUUUCAUCGGUUCUGUGAAGGAUGGUCUCAAAGUUCGUGCAGAAGAAGUAUACUCAGGAUUCACAAAGGAUAUCCCCGAGAACAGGGAAGAAUGGGAUAUGUACCAUAUCGUCGAGCUUGGGAAGAAGAUUAUUGGCUUGAUAAAACGGCUUUCGAAGAAGUUCCCCGAGCCAAUCCUUGGGAAAGUCAAAAUCGAUUUCCUUACGAUUGAAGGUAUAUUCCCGGCGUUUGCGGAGGACGCAGAGAACAUUAUCAAAGGGAUAUUCCGUUCGUCAGAAGAAAAAGGAGAAGAGCUCGAUAUCCAGGAUGCUUUUGACAUGUACCAAGGCCUAAUUGAAGUCAGGGAUAUUUAUGACCAAGUUAUCAAGAAUCCGUUUCCAUUCGACAUCGAACAGAUGAUCCAGGAUUUUGUGUGGAGGUGGCUAAGUAACAUAGACGUUAAAAUCCUUGAGUGGGUCGACAAUGCAUUGAAAGGGGAGGAAUUUAAGGUCAAAUCGGAGAAUGGAACGAUGGCAAAUGAUCGACACUCGGUAUCAGUUGAAGAUGUGUUCCGGUCUUUUAUACAGAAUAUUAAAGCGCUCAAGGAUUUGAACUGGGCUGACGAAUACCAAGAGGCUAAGUUCUUCACCGCGCUAUCUAAGUCAAUAGGCACAGGGUUGAUGCACUAUUGCGAGAGAGUCGAGAGUUUGUUCACCCAAGAAAUGGACCGUGUAACGCCAGAGCAAGAGGCAGCUCGAAAUAAAACCCAAAAGGAAAAGUUACUUGCUUAUUUCAAUAGUAAGGAGAAAGUUGAACCAUUCAACUUCUUGCCCGAGACCUGUGUGAAAUUCAAUAACGUCGAAUACGCAAUUCUCCAGCUUGAUUUGGUUGAAAAAUCAAUAAACAUUGACCGGUGUGCUGCAAUUAUUGCUAAAAACACCCCCGUUUAUCAACCGAAGAAACAAUCGUCCAAUAAGUACCUCUUUACAAUCAAGAUAGUCGAAGCCGAGGAUCUCAAGGCGUGUGAUAUCAACGGAUUGAGUGAUCCGUAUGUUGUCCUGGGAGACGAGUACCACAAACGAUUGGCGAAAACGAGAGUUAUGUACUCCACCCUCAACCCCCGGUUCGAUGAAACCGUCGAAAUCACUACGGGGGGACCGGUACUGCUUACUGCAACUAUUUGGGAUCACGACACUGUCGGGGAACAUGAUUAUGUUGGGAGGGCACCAAUCAAGCUUGACCCUUCAUAUUUUGGAGAUUAUGAGCCAAGGGAAUACUGGCUGGACCUUGAUACACAAGGGCGGCUCUUGCUCAAGAUUAGCAUGGAAGGGGAACGGGAUGACAUCCAAUUUUACUUUGGCCGAACUUUCAGAACGCUUAAGCGCACUGAGCGCGAGAUGGCUCGGCAAAUUACGGAUAAGUGCGCGCCGUUCAUUAAACACUGCUUAUCGAAGCAAGCCCUCAAAUCUAUCUUAAACCCGGGUAUCUCUAUAGCUUCGGUGUCGAAUUAUUUUAGUCGAACAGGAUUCGGAUCAAAUCGCCCACAGUCCGUUAUCAAAGCAGGACCAACCGACGACGAUGUUGCUAAUGCCCUGACCCCAUUGUUCACAUAUUUUAACGAAAACUUUGAAAUUUUGGACAAGACUCUGACCCACGAAGCCUUAAUUAAUGUGAUGGCCAAGCUUUGGAAAGAGGUUCUUGCUACAAUCGAGGCUCUAAUGGUGCCACCGUUGUCCGACAAACCGUCGAACCAAAAGCCACUCUCUAACCAGGAGCUUGAUGUUGUUUUCAAAUGGUUGAAGUUUUUAUUUGAAUUUUUCAAUGCCCCAGAUGAACAAGGCCAAUCUACCGGUGUUCCUGUUGACGUCCUAAAAUCGCCGAAGUACCACGACCUACAGUCUCUUGGUUUUUUCUACUUCGACUCUUCAGAGAAUCUAAUACGUACUUCCGAACGUAUUGCUGCGCAAAAUGCCGCAAGGGCAGCAGAGAAACAGAAAAGCUUAAACUUAGGGCCCCCGGGGUCUGGCGCUCUUCUUUUAGGGGUUCCGAUGGCCAAACGGUCGAAGUCUGUGCUGAUGAAUCGAAAUUUGGGAACGAUGCGGAAGGCGAAGGAAGAGAAGAGGAAGGAGGCGCAGGCGGAAGCCAGUGACGACAUGAUUUUGAGAAUACUACGGAUGAGGGCCGAUGCUGCAGGGUACUUGCGGGCUAGAUCUCAGCAAAAGGAGAGGAUCGCGGCGCAAAGGGCAGCAGAAGCCAUAGUAGCCCAGAGUAUCAAUGCUGGCGCCGGGAGGAUGACCGCUAGCGGGAUGGGUGGCCUUGGGAGGAGAUAG